CGAGCUUGCCGCUAGAGGCCAAUGGUAAAUAUUCAGUACUUUGUAUUCCAACUUUUUACUGAGGCCAGAAGCUCGAGCCAUCCGGGCUUGCACCUUACUUUUCCACGCUGAGCUCUGGAAAACAUGCCUGCAAAGUGCGAAAACAUCCAGGAUGCUUUGAAGUCUCUAAUUGCCGCUUUCUGGAUCACUUUUAGCGUCUGUUCCGUUGGUGUUGACGGUCAGGAGGGUAAUGGCUGUGGACACACAGUGCUGGGCACAGAGUCUGGCACACUGGCGUCGCAGAGCUACCCAGGCACCUACCCGAGUAACACCUGGUGUAAGUGGAGGCUCCGCGUGGCGGAGGGUCGCACGCUGCGACUGCUGUUUGGGGAUUUUGACAUUGAAAGCAGUCCAGGCUGCAGCAACGGCUCUCUCGUGAUCACUGACAUCAAUGGAGAACAAAGUCUGGGUCCAGUGUGUGGGAAGCUUGAUGCAUCACAGAAGAAUGUGACACUUAAAAGUAGUGAAGUAAUAAUAAUCUUCAGGUCAGGCCCUCACCGCUCUGGUCGAGGGUUUCUACUGUCCUACGCCUCAGACCAGUAUCCAGAUCUCAUUUCAUGUUUACAACGAGGAUCUCAUUUUAGCUCGCAGCAUUUGAGUGUUUACUGCCCUGCUGGAUGUAAGAACGUCACAGGGGAUGUUUGGGGAAACUCUGAACAAGGUUACAGAGAUACCUCAGUCUUGUGCAAGUCUGCAGUCCAUGCUGGAGCUGUGACUGAUAGUCUGGGAGGUCAUGUCACUGUGAAUCGUGGGAGAAGUCUCACACUCUACGAGUCCACCUUUGCCAAUGGAAUCCUUUCAAAAAUGGGAUCAUUAUCUGAAAAGAAGCUGCUCAUCAGCAAAGAAUGCAACAACAUCCUGAGUGUUUCUGGCUUAAAUGCCUCAUCAUUCUGGGAUAAAACCAGUCAGGAGAACUCAGUGGUCCGGUCCUCCAGAAACAUACCCUGGGCAGCAGGCAGUAAUGAUCUGAACCCAUGGGUGGAGCUGGAGCUGAGUGACAGAAGCACUAUCACUGGGAUUAUAACAACGGGAUCAAAUGAGUACUACAUAGAAUCAUACAUUCUUCUUUUCAGCAAGGACAGAAAGAGUUGGAAGCUUUACAAAGGUGCUCUCAGCAAAGAAAAAAAGGUGUUUGAGGCCUACACCGAUGGCCACUUGAGGGUUCUCAACAGCUUUUUCCCUCCUGUGGUGGCUCGGUUUAUCCGGCUUCAGCCACUGAGCUGGCAUGGCCGUGCCUCAGUUCAGGUCCAAGUUUUGGGCUGCCCCGUUGCCAAGGUCACACCAAGGUCACGCUCACCUGCUGAAUCUCCACCCAUCAAAGUGAACUUGGGCACACCACGCACAAGUCCCGCUCCCACUCCCACAGAGGGUCCAGUGUUGGUGGAAACAAGACUGAGUUCCAGUCAGCCAGUAAUAGUGGCAGUGGGAGUGGUGCUGGCGCUGUUGAUGUGCGGCAGUUGUUUGUUGGCUGGAGUCUGGUGGAAGCGAAGAAAAAAAGAUUCACAGCUGAAGUACUCCUUACCCACAAUAGAUUGUCAGAGUUUCCAGGCAAAGAGUCUCCCCUGCCCACAAUCAGACCUCAUCUCCUACCCUCUGGAGCGAAAUGUCCACGAUGCUCUACCCAGCCCUCCUCUUAAUGACUAUGCCGAGCCUGCUGUUGGACAGAAAGUUGGUUCAACUUUCAGACCCUCCUCAGACGAGGGCUACACCACCCCCUUCACCUUCAGCCACUAUGACACUCCCGGAAACCUGCCGGAGUACGCUGAGCCUCUUCCCCCGGAGCCUGAGUACGCCACGCCGUUCAGUGAGCAGCUCUCGGACCCACACGGACCUCCUCUACCAGUCCCUAAUUCUGGUACCAGGACAACGUCCAGCCACACUCAGUAUGACUGCCCCUCACACAGGAUGCUAUCUAAUGGCUACUGCACUCCUGCUCUACAUGCCAGCGGCCCACGACCAGUCAGUGUUGUUUACGCUGAGCCCAAGUCAUGUGACUCUUUACUACGUAAGCACACGUAUGAGCAGCCGUUGUGAAUACAGCAGACAUGGAGAAAAAGACUCCUGAGACUUCUAAACUGUGACUUUGGAGCAGAGGACCACAUGAUGUGAUCUCCAGUGGACACUAAGCUGGACAGGGUCGUCCAGAGCAUACUGACAGAGCUGAACAUCCAGCGAGUGAUGUACAGAGUUAGGAAGAUACUUUGGACGACUAUGCAUAAAUGAGGGUACACCACUCAAAGUGGAUGUGGAUGCAGAUAUUUCCUUGUAGGAAGUAUGUAGAUGUACAGUGGAAAUGUCCUGUGAUGCACAGAGUGAAUGCAGGUUCAGUCAUCAGUGUCUCAGAGAUACUGUUUAUUGAAAUGUUUAAUCACAAACUGCACUUUCAGAAAACACAUACAGCAAUGUAUGUCUAUUUAACAGGUUAACGCAAAAAUAUACAUAUUGUGUGAAAUUUGUGUUCACAAUGUAUAAUUCCUACAUGUUAUAAAAAAAACUAAAAAAAACAUUUACUAAGCACUAUAAAGGGACACUGAAACAAAUGGUUACAUUUGAUGCUAUGAUUGUGUGUAACCACUAGGUGGCUCUCUUUAGCUUUAAACAUCUAACAGCAAUGUUUGUGUGCUGGUUUCCUCAGAUAAUUACCAUCCAUUUCUAACAUACUUACUGAAGUAACAAACGGUGGUUUAGAAAAUGAUUGGAUUACAGUAGUGUAACUAAAAAGGCACAACAGGUAAGGUGAUGCUGUGAUUAGGAAGGAGGAUCUGCCUAAUGUGGUGUCCUUGAGCAAGAAACACAUACCUCAGACAAACUCCAGAGCUGCUGUCAUGUUGGCUGGCAGAAUAUCACAAAACCGUGACAUUAUAAAACAAUUCCAUUAUGAGGAAUUCUUGUUUUUUGAAAGUCUUUACCACGGUGCAGCAACUUUCCCAUAAAUGAGAAACACUUAAAGAAUUAAGUGAAAAUACCAAGGUAUUCUUAAUGUUCCAUGCUAUGCAAAGUCCUUUGGAUUGUCUCAGAAUUUGUAUGGGAGAUACAGGUCUUAAACAAAUUAAAUUACUAAAGAUCUUAAUUUGUUGUUAACACUGGCUGAAAAUAGAAAAUUGUACUUUUUCCUGUUACAAGGGUCAGGUGGCAGUGAUAGUCAUCCAGUAUAUACGAAAGUGUUACUAAAAGACCCUCAGAAAUGUAAUUUUCUAGAAAUACUUUUGUGGUGUCACAUUUAGCGAUGAAUUCGCUAACCUCUUCUUCAGCUGAGUAAGGCACAAUAAAACAACUGUAUUCAGAAGAAGUA